UUUCGUUAGAUCGUGUCAAACUUGGCGCGCAUUGGAUCGGUCUGAAUUGUUCGUGCUUUUGGUGCUCUGCGAGGAUAAGCCUCAACAUGGAACUCACUCCACCAGCUGAUCGGUUGACUGCACGCUGAACGUUGAGUGUUGAUUAUAUCCUCAUCCUCCCAACCGUUUUGCCACACUCGACUCGGAGGGUCAUAAAAAUGAGUGUAAAUAGUAUUGUGAUGAGGACAAGGACAGUAUGAUUUGAUGUUUGUUUAUUUUACCAACUGGCGCUCCGUUCGGCUCGUUCCUAUCAAACGGGCGGCACACGAUGAGAUAACGUGAGAAACGCGACCGGUCGAAUGCUCAAAUCUGAUGGAAAAUAAAGUAUAAUAAUACAGCAGUAAAAAUAGUGUAUUGUAUUGAGUUACUACGUUAGCGUAACCUCAAAAGAAAACAGUCGAAGAAAGUACGCCGAGGAGAAUAAAUUGACGCGUUAUUUAUUGAAAGAGCGAAUUGAUUUCGGUGCGCGAUUACGGUUCCUUUCAUAAAUUUCUGAUGGAAAUGAAAGGAAGAAAUUAAUUAUAAUCAAAUCCAAAUAAUGAAUUUGCCUCAUUUUGUAGACAGUUGACUCCAGACGGAAGCAAACGCAUACCAAGCGUCGAAGCAACAGCGAUUAAGAAUGACGAAUUUACUAAGUGGAUGAAUUAAUAUCAAACUAUCGCCCUACUGUAGGAGCUAAAAGGCCUCUAUAGGUGCCACAUAGUUAUAGCUCCAACUUGAGCCGGCGCACGCCCUCCUCGUCGUGCGUUGGUUUCACGUGAACGUGGUGUGUUCUACGAAUCGAAAAAAAUACUUCUACUUGUUGUGGCAACCGAUUGGCGGAGAUCCGACAUACUCCCCAUUGUAAUAAAUUUUUGUGGAAAGUACAAUUUCGUGACAAUCGGCAAUAAAAACAUUUCAAACAAAGAAAACCAAAAGUGUAAAAACCGGCGGUGGAACAACCGAAAGCAGAAAAUAAAACGGAAGGGAAAUCCCUCCACCCACGCCGACCUCGCCUUCGAAUGAAUGCCGGAAACCUUCGUACCACCAUCGUCAUCAUAAACACUACCAGCUGCCGUUGGAAAGUGUGAGAAGAAAAUAUUUAUUAUGCAAGGAUAAAGUGAAGUGAGAAAAUUCAAAGUGUUUUAUUUUUCCUGCAUUCGUUCCCUUUCUGGUGUUGGUUCUGUUUUGGGUACCCCAUGUGAGAAGUGCAUGAAUCGAAAACGUUAACAAAAUAUGGGCAGCAGUAGUGCUCAUCCUUGGAUGUGGUACAACCAUCAUCGCUUGCAAUACCGCCAUCAUCGUCGUCAUUAGAGGAACCACCAGCACUACUCAUCAGCUUUGCUAUUCUGAGCGCAAAUACGAAGAACUGAACCGAAAAGCAAGCGUUUCCACUGCAACGGAAAAGUAUUCGACUAACUACUAUUCCUUCUCGAGCUGGAGUACAAUUACACACACAGGACUUCACAUAAGUACGUACUCAACAGCUUAGAGUUUCUUCCUUCCCCUGUGGGAGAAGAAAAAAAGAAGAAAAUCUCAUCGUCAAGGAAGGAAGGGUUUGCCGAAGUGUUAGCAUGAAAGCAUUAAAAUCGAGUGCAAUGCUGCUUGCAAGUGUUUUACUGAUUUUAAAUGGAUUUCUCAUCACAAUCACGCACAGUGAAGAAGAAGAGGCUGUGGACGAUAACAACGCUUACAUAUUAGAUAGAGAUUUGCCAAAGUUUGGGGAACCAAUCCAAAAUUUGACAGUUGCCCUGGGAAGGGAAGCAAUACUGAUUUGCGUGAUUGAUAAUCUGCAGACAUACAAGGUGGCGUGGCUGAGAGUUGACACACAAACAAUUCUAACGAUACAAACGCACGUGAUUACCAAGAAUCAUCGAAUGACCAUAACGCACGUGGAGGGACGCAAGUGGGUGCUGCGGAUAAAAGACGUCAAGGAAUCCGACAAGGGAUGGUACAUGUGCCAGGUGAACACCGAUCCCAUGAGAAAUCAGAUUGGAUUCCUCAAUGUUGUUGUGCCACCAAAUAUUUUGGACUACCCAACCAGCACAGAUAUGGUAGUGAGAGAGGGCAGCAAUGUGACGUUGAAAUGUGCUGCUUCCGGAUCGCCCCAACCGACUAUUAUAUGGCGCAGAGAGGGCAACGAGCCAAUUAGUUCAGGAGCCUCCAGUUUGAACACGUCAACAUUUUCAAUCGCCCGAGUCAAUCGAUUGAAUAUGGGAGCCUAUUUGUGUAUUGCCUCGAAUGGAAUUCCACCAUCAGUGAGUAAACGUGUGAUGCUGAUAGUUCACUUUCCACCGAUGAUUUGGAUUCAGGAUCAGUUGGUGGGAGCCGCAUUGGGACAGCGAUUAUCGCUGGAAUGCAACUCGGAGGCAUUCCCCAGAUCAAUCAAUUAUUGGAUGAAGAAUGACACAAUCAUAACACAAGGCCGACGUUUUGAGCCAACAACGCACGAAGCGAACAACUACAAGGUGGUGAUGAAGCUUAUAAUCAAGGAAAUCGAUAUCAGUGAUUUCGGCACGUACCGAUGCGUUGUUAAGAAUUCCCUCGGCGAAACUGAUGGAUCAAUCAAAGUGUAUCAUAUACCGUCAACCACAAUGGCCCCUACUCUUCCACCAUCAACAACAAUGAUAGCAACAUCGACUGAAAUUGUUUAUCGUAAAAAUUAUAAAAACAAAAUUUACCGACCACUGGACGAAUAUUCAUCUUCCUCAAACAAAGUUCACGUGAGCGAUGGUAGUGAACUAUGGAACAAGGAGUCAUCCAAAGAUAAAGAUAGGGAUCGGUACAGAGAAAAUUCCGCGAAUCUCGAAGACCAACGAGAGAAAGAAGCUUUCGUCGAUAACGACAUGAAAUCAAAUGCUGACGCCACGCGACAACCGGAAUUGAAGCAUUUUCUAUUGCUUGUUACGUUGCCAGUGUUAUGUCACCAAAGGUGAUCGAAUUUGCUGCGUCAGUGAACACAUAAAAUAUAAUUUAAAAAUGAGGCUAUUGCGAUAUUUACUUAAAAGUAAUCGGAUAAGUGCAAACAAAAAAGAUUAUAGAAGCAAAAAAAAAAAAAAAUAAACGCGAGAAAUUUCAAUGCAGUGAACAAUGUUAUACAGUAAA